CCCGAACAACCUCGGCAACGUCAUGUCCGAAUCUGCGCCCACGCGGCCGCUCCUCAAUCUCGAUGCGCUGUUCGACAACCCCGUCUUCGCCGGAGGCUUCGGCCUGGCCUCGCUCGGCGCCGUCCUGGCCUUCGCCCGCCGGGGCGCCAUUAGUACGGUCGGCCUGAUCCGACGGCGCAUGCUGGUCAACGUCGAGAUCAGCCGGCAAGACCCGUCGUACCCGUGGAUCCUGGCGUGGCUGUCGCAGCCGCGCGAGCAGACCUCGUUCCUCGCGCGGCGGCUGACGCGCAUCAACAAGCUGUCGGUGACGACGACGACGAGCGUGACGGCGAACGGCCCGACGCGCGCGAGCUUCUUCCUGCAGCCCGGCUACGGCCGCCACGUCAUCAAGUACAAGCACGCGUACAUCGUCGUCAGCAGGGAGAAGCAGGCGACGGCCAAGACCAACACCGGCGAGCCGCACGAGACCGUCGAGCUGACCACGCUGUAUGCCCACCGCCAUAUCUUCGAGGACGUCUUCACCGAGGCCCGCGCCCUCGCGCUCCAGGCGCACGAGGGCAAGACCGUGGUGUACUCGGUGCGGAACUUCGACUGGGUGCCGCUCGGCGAACCGCGACGAAAGCGCCCGCUCGGCAGCGUCAUCCUAGACGAGGGGGUGAAGGAGCGCAUCGUCGACGACGCCAAGGAUUUCCUCGCGCGGCGGCAGUGGUACGUGGAUCGCGGCAUCCCGUACCGCCGGGGGUAUCUUCUCUACGGGCCGCCGGGGAGCGGCAAGAGCUCCUUCAUCCAGGCUCUGGCCGGCGAGCUGGACUUCAGCGUGGCCAUGGUGAACCUGAGCGAGAUCGGCGUCACGGACGACAAGCUCGCUUUUCUUCUCACGAAGUUGCCGGAACGGACCAUCCUCCUGCUCGAAGACGCCGAUUCCGCGUUUAUCAAUCGGAGGAAGCGCGAGGCGGACGGAUAUAGCGGUGGCACGGUAACCUUCUCCGGACUCCUGAACGCCCUAGACGGCCUGUCGGCCGGAGAGGAGCGAAUCGCGUUCCUCACGACAAACCACAUCGAGCUCCUCGAUCCUGCUUUGAUAAGACCGGGACGAGUGGACCUCAUGGUCCAUAUCGGCGGAGCCACUCGGUACCAGGCUGCGCAGAUGUGGGAUAGGUUCUACGGCGACGUCGAUGUGGACGGGGCCUACCGAGAACGAUUCCUAAAGCGACUUGACGAACUCGAGCUCUUCGGUGAGGCGAAGGAGGGGCAGCCGGUAACUCGCACGAGCACCGCUGCCAUCCAAGGUCUCUUCUUAUUCAAUAAGAAUGACAUGGACGGCGCUAUCAGCAUGGCUGAAGGACUCAUCCCGCCCAAGUUGGAAGCUGAGCAAUAAAACCUCCUUUACUUGUACUACCUAUUGUAUUUAUAUAGAGGUUACCUGUAGGUGCCGUAAGCGAGAUACCCCGUCAACUGACAACCUGGAUGACGAAAUUUCAAUUUCUGGAUCCCUCUCAUACACCGUUUCGGCCGUGGUGAGGCUCCCCCGAGUCCUGGGUGUUGACACCCACCCAAGCCCAUAGAACUACAUCCGAAGACUGACACACUCUAGCAGCUUACACUCCUAUCCUAAGUGUGUAGGCUAG